UCCUUCCAGCUGAUAAAUACCAGGUCCCAGCACAGCCAGGGAGAGACCAGGGAGAGACCAGAGACGGAGGGAGGAUGAGGUCUGUGAUGAUCCCACUAGCCGGGCUCCUGCUCCUGUUCCUGGCCCCUGGGGGGCUGUGCCAGGGCUGUGCUGUGAGUGAAAAGGAGCGCCCCCUGGUGAGGGAUCUGCAAAGGAAGAUGAUCUAUUCAGUGGAUCCUAAAGUCCCCCCGAACCCCAGCAUCCUGAUCGCCCUGCGGCUGGCCCAGGACCACAACAAGCGCAUUGAGCAGGACAUGCUGAAGAAGCUGAGCCAGGAUGCGGUGCAGCGAGCUGCAAAGUCCUUCUCCUCGGGCCAGGUGGCCCUCCAUAUCCUGGCUCAACGGGCCUCCUGCUCCAACCCCCGGCAGAUCUCCGCAAAUAACUCCACCAUCAACCUGGUGCAGCUCCUGGAGCAGAAGUUCAAGGAUGAGUUGCAGAACAUAGUGAUCCAUGGCAACCCUUUGACCAACUUCUACCAGCUCAGCUUGGAUGUGCUGGCCCUAUGCCAGCUGAAAGGCCGCCUCUCGCCAGCCAGAGCCAGCAUCCUCCUCAGCCCGGACCAAAAGAAGUAUUACCUCAGCGGCCAGUUCUCCGUGGACACGGCAGCAGUGGCGAUCCUAGCUCAGAUCUGCCUGCAGACCACAGGGCGGCCCCUCCCCCCAAAGGUGACUAAGAAGCUCAGAGAGAACGUGCAGUGGUUAGUGAACAAAAUGCUGGCUGAGAAGAAAAAUGAUGGAGUGAUCGGGAACAUCUACAGCACGGGCUGGGCCAUGCAGGCCUUGUCCGUCUCCUCCAGGUACCUCAAACCCGGGGCCUGGAGCUGCCCCCAGACUCUGCGCAGGGUCCUGGAGGAGCUUCCCAAAGACACAUUCAAUAACCCCAUGGCCGCUUCCCAGAUCCUGCCUUCCCUGGAGAACAAGACCUACCUGGAUGUGCGUCGGCUCACUUGCUCCAAGGACCCCGAUAACCUCCCCUUGUCCACUCCCCAGCCUACCACACCAACCAGCCAACCACCUACCAUCCGUGUCACGUACACGGUAUUCAGUGACAUGAACAUCAUAAUCAACAACUCCAUUAAUGUCACUGUGCCCCAGGGCUCCGUCUUCUUCAAGGUGAUGGAGGUCGCCCAGGCGACAGACCCCAGCAAAUUCAGCUUCACGUACACGGUGACCUCCUGGGGCCCGUACAUCACCUCCGUGCAGGGCCUGCAGGCUGAUAACAACCAGCGCACCUACUGGCAGCUCCUGAGCAACGGCACCUCGCUGAACCAAGGUGCUGGGGACUACGUCGUCUCCCAAGGCGAGAGACUGGAGGUCAGAUUCUCCACAUACUGAGCCCCUGCGCACUGGCCGGCCUGGGGACAACGGGUGCUCCUAGCCUGGCCUCUCCACUGUCUCAAGAUUUCACGCAUCAGCAGCCCCAGACACUCCCCCACCAGUGCAGGAGGCAGGACAGGCUCUGGGCACAACUGUGUCUUGUAGUCCCAUCUCUGUGGCUGCUUCCCACGCUCUGCUUGUGUCUGGGACGUGCUCCUGAAAUAAACUCUCUGCAACAGCCGGCCGCACCGCGAGGGUUAU